AGUCAUGUAUCAACGUCGUAUCGAGUCGUUACUCAGUGAUAUUAAUUUCUUUGAACGUUCAAAAGCAGUCGUGUACGAAUCGUUCUUGACAUUUUGAUCGGCUGUCGCCAUUUAUGGAUAGCAGCUCGGAAGCGAUGGAGUUGCGGCGAGAGCUCGACGCAGUCAGGAGUGCCCUGCAGCAGCAAUCCGAGUCGGUGCUGAAGCAGCGGCAUCAGCUCGUCGAGGCAGGACAAGCCCUAGUCGCCCGGGACAAACAAGCAGCCCAGGAGAGACGAAUGAGACAAGACCAGCUCGCCCUAGUCCUCCGCUCCCUCGUCCUCCUCGAAUCUCGCCUCACCAGAGAACAACGACAGAUCCACGUCGCGCUCCAGCAAAAAGAAAAAAUAAUCAAGUCCCAGCAAGAAGAAAUAACCAAACUCAAAGCCAGGAAAUCUUACUGCAGCAACUGCCAACAACUCCUCGGGUUCACCAGUGAGCAAACCAAUAUUGAGACCGACCCAGAAUUCCAGAGCUUAGAGAGCACCGAUUCCAGAUUCCAGAACAACUUUGUGAGGAGCUGUAGUUAUCGCGAACGAAAUUCUCCACCGGUUUUCCAAAAGAACACUAGACUAAGUAAAAGCUUCCAGCUGCCUAAGAACGAUGUUGUCUACGGCAACAGUAGUUCCAGUGAAGAAGGGAACCAUGGUAGCAUUGGCAGCAAAGGAACGUUUAUUAAAAAUAAACAAGCUUUCGUUCGAAGAGACGUAUUCAGGAGGUCAAGAAAAUAUUCAGGAAGGAAGAACAACCAACUGAAAAACUACAACAAUCAGCUCAACAACAGCAGUAGCGCUGAAGAGUGUGUGGGCAUGAGCUAUCAAGUAAACCAUGACGACAACGAUGUCACAGCUAAUCAGAUAGCUAAGGAUAUCAGAAGGGCGUCGGAGAAAAUUGAUCAGCUCAUUGUAGAAGCAGCUAAGAAAGAAGUGUAUUCUACCAGUGAUUCUGAAAAAACGUAUUCCACAAAAAUGGAACGAAUCCAUGGUAUUAAAAGACAGGCUUCUGAUGAAAUCAAAGCGAACAGACAACAGUUUAUGAAUAACGUUCUCAAAGAAGAAAACAAUGAAGAAAAGCCAUGGUACUGCAAUGUGAGCGAUCCCGAACAAGAUGGAGAUUGUCUAGACCAAAGAAGUAUGUUGAAAAAUAAUAAAUCAAAAUCCACCGACGAUCUCUUGACCUUUGACAACGGUAUUCUGAAUAAAGAGAUCAUCGUUUCUGCUAAAAACGAGAUACUGUGUAAUAACAUAUUAAAUAAUAACGAUGAAAGAUUUAAUUCAAGACUCGACGAUAAGAAUAAUAACGUCGAAUCUAAUGCCGCUACAAAGAAGCAAUCAGCUGAAGAAAUAAAUGAAAACUGGUACGCAAGUACAAGCGAUGCAGAAGAUACUCCAACAAAUGAGAUUUAUAAAAAUAACCCAGUUUUAGAAUGCGUUAAUCAAAUUCUGCUUCAAAAUUCAUUAGACGAUAGCAGUAAUGAUAACUCCAAGUCAAGUGAGGCUCCAAGCCCAAAAUCAUCAACUAAACGUGUUCAAUUUUCAACACUUAACAGCAUUUCUUACGAUGAGAAAGUGAGACCUUGUGGUAACAAUCACACUUUGCCACGAUCUGAUAAGAGAGCAAAUAAAAUUGUGAAGUUCAGUUUGGAGACAGCGUCUGAGCACAGCUAUGAAGUGCCGAAUACGGCGCAAGGUUUCCAAUAUGAGAUCCAAAGCAUAUACAGCAAUGAAUAUGAGCCUAUACUUACUAAAGCGACUGAAUCAAAGCCUGUGCCAUUACCCCGUUCAGUGCCGCCUACUGAAAGCAAGCCCAACGUUCCCAAAAUAAGAGGUUCUAUUGUCAAGAAUAUUGCUGCAAAUAUAGAAAAUCGCACAAACAAUGCUGAUAAGAAAGCUGACAAUGAACUUGGGUCGAUGAAAAUAUUCAAUAAGCGAAAAGUGCCACGAACUCCUCCUGCGUUGCCACCGAAGCCAAAGAACCUUUCUGCUAAGUGGAAAGUCGAGAACACUGUCAAACCAGCAACAGAACCGUUAGACUCUGAAGCCGUUGCGGCCAAUCAACGGGUUGCAGAUGUUAAGAUGAGAAAAGUGGGACAAGUAGCAACCAUAAACAACGUGGAACCGGACUACUGCUCCAUUUCAGAGAUAAAUGUUCCAGUAGUCAGCAAUGGUAAGAGGGAGUUGCUACUCACACAGCCAACGGUCGAAAUUCAUAAUGAGCAGUAUCCGAUACAUGCCGUGAGCCAGCGCAACAGCGUGGCUAAAGUGGUAUCCUUACCACGAAUUCAAAACAAAAUUAGUGACAAAGACAUUCCAAAACUUCCACACGUCACUGAGAUCAUCAUCCCUGAUGAAGAUGAGAAACCAUGUGAAGACCAACCACGUUCUUUCCAACACAACACUGACAGUUACUUGAAGAACUUCAACAUGCAUCCUCUGCAACCAAAAUUGGACCCUCGCGCUUCCAUCCAAAUGGGAAACACAGUGUCUUCUAUACUAUCAGAAAUCAACAAAGGAGGUAAAAGUGGCACUAAACAGAUCAACUUGACUGAGCUCGACAACCAGUUCAACCAUGUGACAGAUAAGGUUCAGGCGACUAACGCAGAGAUGCACAAAGCCGAAUAUUUUGAGGACAUCGACAAGUUCGAUCUGUCUCAAAAUUUUGAGGAAUUCAAGAUUGAUGAUGAACUCGGUAGCAUUGUUGCAGAGGAAUAUCGCAUAAGCUCUGGAAGCAGCGAUGGUUCGAUGUCCGAUGUGGUCACCGAACAUCUUCUGACAGUCGUGCCUGAGAAAGAAAAUAAACAUGAUGCGGCUAACAGCAACGCUGAUGAGAAUGAUACAUUUCUUGAAAACAACGAAAAUUUAAGCAAGAGUUUGUCAAAAAAUGGGAAGCUCUCAAACAAGCCUGAUUUGCUUUCAAAUAUAGAGAACUUAGAGACUGAAUCUGUGAGGAAUUCUGACAUCGAGUCCAGUAACUCUUCAGGGAGCAACAGUGGCUCCUACAACACAGUAAAGUGUGAGCCAAGGAUGAUCCUGAACAACAAUGUAGAGGUGAACGGGAAUAAGACUAAGGGAGCGUUUGAUUUUUUCCUUGAGUCCUCUGGUCUCAGUUCUAAAUCUAUUUUUACUCCUACCAAGAAUUAUUUGGGUACGAGACCGCCGAGUGCUAACCACAAGAAUGUGUUGAAGCCUAAAGACAUAAAAAUGCGAGUUAAGAAUCCCAUUACAACGAACAAAAUCAACGAAAAGCCUAUGACGACUGCUAUAAAAUAUUUUGAACCCUACGUGUAAUCUUGUGCAUAAUCAAAUAAUACUAAUGUAAUGUAAACUUUUACAGAAAUGUAAAAUCUAU